GAGUACCAACCAAUUCAUCAACGACGAGCAUCACGUGGUUUGAACGGACCUAUCAAAAGACUAGCUGACUGAGUGUGUUUGUACGAUACUGUCUUGUACUCACGACAUCUCCCGGCAAAAAAUGAACACCUUAAUGUAGGAAAUAAGGGCCCUAAAACAUCCCAGAUAUGCCGAAUAAGACCAAGAAAGAUAAGGCUGUGAGCAAACCAGCAGGAGGGAACAACAAGAAUUCCAGCAAAGAUGGCAUGGAUGGUGCUGACGAGACAAGACAUCGCACAACAAAUGUGCCACCUCCAACACAGCUGACCAGGGCCAAGGGAACCGGGCCACUGGUUAAGAAGGAGAAGAGACAAGGCUCCUCCAGAUUCAACAUCAGCAAGAAUAGAGAACUUCAGAGGCUUCCCCUCCUCAAAGAUGCCACCCCUGCAGAGAGGGAAGACCUCUUCGUACAGAAGUUGCAGCAAUGCAGCGUGGUCUUUGACUUUGUUUCGGACCCCCUGAGCGACCUGAAAUGGAAGGAAGUCAAGCGGGCAGCUCUUAACGAGCUGGUAGAUUUUGUUACCCAUCAGAGAGGUGUUAUAACAGAACCAAUCUACCCUGAAGCCGUUAAAAUGUUUUCAAUAAAUAUGUUCCGCACGUUGCCCCCACCUUCAAACCCCAGUGGCGCUGAGUUUGAUCCAGAGGAAGAUGAGCCUACAUUAGAAGCAGCCUGGCCACACCUACAGCUUGUUUAUGAAUUUUUCCUACGGUUCUUGGAAUCGGCAGACUUCCAGCCCACCGUAGCCAAGAAGCACAUCGAUCAGAAGUUUGUCCUACAGUUGCUGGAGCUGUUUGACAGUGAGGAUCCCAGGGAGCGCGAUUUCCUCAAGACCACUCUACACCGGAUCUAUGGCAAGUUUCUGGGGCUGCGGGCAUACAUCAGGAAGCACAUCAAUCAUAUAUUUUAUAGAUUUGUGUAUGAAACAGAGCAUCACAAUGGUGUUGCUGAACUACUAGAAAUCUUGGGGAGUAUCAUCAACGGCUUUGCCUUACCGCUGAAGGAGGAACACAAGCUAUUUCUGUUACGAGUCCUGAUGCCUCUUCACAAGGCCAAGUCACUCAGCGUGUAUCACCCACAGUUAGCAUAUUGUGUCGUGCAGUUCUUAGAGAAAGAUCCCACACUUACAGAAAAGGUUCUAAAGCUCCUCCUCAAGUACUGGCCAAAAGUGCACAGUCCCAAAGAGGUGAUGUUUCUCAAUGAGUUGGAGGAGAUUCUUGAUGUCAUCGAGCCUACUGAAUUUAAUAAGGUCAUUGAACCAUUGUUCCAGCAGCUCGCCAAGUGUGUCUCGAGCCCGCACUUUCAGGUUGCUGAGAGGGCGCUCUACUAUUGGAAUAACGAAUACAUAAUGAGUCUCAUCAGUGACAAUGCUGCUGCCAUCCUGCCAAUCAUGUUCCCUGCUCUCUACAAGAACUCCAAGGCUCACUGGAACAAGACCAUACAUGGCCUGAUCUACAAUGCACUGAAGCUCUUCAUGGAGAUGAACCAGAAACUGUUUGAUGAGUGCUCGCAGAAGUACAAACAGGAAAGACAGAGUGAGAAAGACAGACUAAAGAAGAGGGACGAAGUGUGGAAUAAGAUUGAAAAUGUUGCAAAACAAAACCCAAUGUUUGAGCGAUUGCACAACGAUUUCCAUGAGGAGAACAGCCGUAUGGAGGUUGACACAGACGAGGAUGGUUAUGACGGAGACAUCACCAAGGAUGUGGCUACAGAAGCUAAGACUCCAACAGGUAAGAAGGAGACGGUCAAGCAGUUGAUAAGACGAAAGUCUGAACUUCCCCAUGACGCAUACACCAUGCGUGCGCUUACCAUGCACAAACGGCCAGAUGAGUAUUUAGUUUCUUCGCAGGAGACCAGUUGAGUGCAGUGAAAAUAAGUUUCAAUCUUAGAUUUAUUAAAAAUGUCAAGCUACACCAGACAAAUUACAAUUAAAAAAAGAUCGAUAUCGUUUAAAGUAUUAAGGUGUAUUAUAGCGUACUAUAUACAUAGUUCAUGCUAAUUACCGUUGUAUAGCCGGAAACCUUGUUUUUGACCGAGUGAUCAAUUGUUCCAUGUGAUUUUUUUAAUAUCUUUGUGUAUGGAUGUUCAUAAUGGUAUUAUUUUUAUGUCAGAAGCACUUUUAAUGCAGCAACUUUGAUGGAGGCUUCAAAGUUGGUGUCGCCGUGAUCAUACAAGUGUUGGACGCGAAUGUAUGGAGUGUGUAUGAUUGUUUGUGGCUAUGUAUUCCAGUGCAUGUGGUUGCCUGUCACCAGUGGUUGUUUUGGGGGUUUUUUUAAACACAAUUUUAUGAGGAAAGUUUGCUUUUCUGGCUAAGUACAAAUAAUGUCACUGAUUAAAGGAAAGGUGAAGGAUGGGCAUUUUAGACCUGUCUCUAAACCAUUUUAGUUCGUUACCCAGUACAAGGAAAAUGACAAUGCACAAGUUCUAUCAUAAAGCCCCUAUUACUUUGCAAACCAGUGUUGAAGAAGCAAGGCUAUAUUAUUGUGACGGAACAUUUCCAUGCCGCAAUUUCAAACCUGUAUGUAUAGCAGUUGUUGUCUGUAUAACAGUUUAUGGUCCAUAGAACAUUUAUGGUCAAUAUAACAGUUGUGGUGCACAGAACAUGGCAGUGAAGACCCUUGAAAGGUUUAAUAUUUGAAUAAAAUCUCCUGACAUGUGAUUCAUGCAGUAAAGUUAGAGCCAUUUCAAUUUCCCCAUUUUCUAUCAUUUUUCCCUUUAUUUUUGUUGUUUUCGAUUUCAGUUUUUAUUCUAAUAUUGUUGUAUUAAUUGUGUUUCUAUUCAGGAUGUCACUACAUUUGUGUGACUAGUUUUGUCUGUUUAUUGCACAAAUUCAUAACUUAAAUUUUGUUCUAAAUCCCAGCCCCCUUGUUUCUUGAUUGGUUUUUAUGUUUUAAAAAGACACAAUAAAUGUUUCACAAAAUAUAAGAGUGGGUCAUGAUAUUCUAUUGGACACACUGGGAGAGAACCAAAUCAGUGGAAAAAGUUACCAAAGACAGAUUUUUGUUAUAAAUUGCAACCUUUCUCAUUGGCACUGAAGUAUUUUUUCAUCACAACGUAGCCUUGAUAUCUAGAAAGUGUUUGAGUAAAAUUCUGUGAUUAUCCACUUUCCAUUGUGAAAUUUUAAUGAUCAGGAGUAGUGUUUGUUGUAUUUACUCUCUGGAAGGUCACUUCAAUUUUAUGCCGUUUAAAUGAUGUUUCUUACUCCUUGUCAACAAUGAAAAAAUUGUCUUUUGCCUAUUGCCUGUCAUUUGGAUUGGGUAUUAUUUAUCACAAAUGGGUUCAGAAACUGUGGUAGAUUAUGUCGAUUCUGUGCCAUAUGUUUAAUGUGAGUUCAAAAUGACAUGCAGGCAUGUCAAAAGGUAAGUCCCAUUCUCAAGGACAAAGGCUGGAGUGGCAGUAAUAUCAGGGUUUGCCGUUUGUGGAAAUGUUUCUUGUCUCCUGGAGAUUGUCAAAUCAUCCGCCCAACGUUUUUUUUUUAUUUUUCCAUUGGGCCUCCACAUUAAAAAAAGUCUGUCUAAGAAGUUGCGCCAUUAUUAUGUUGCCUGAGCAUUGUCCGUCAAGGAACUAGUAUUAUAGACAAGUCAGGAUUCCAUACGAGAUAUUUUGGUCUUGUAGUUUUGUUUUGUUUUUACAAAUUUGAGCAGUUUCUGAAGAAAGUAAGAUUUUGUUUUGAAAAUGGGAACUUAGAGGUCUGUGCCCUGCAAACUCAUCUAUUGCAUAGCAUACAUGAAGAAUAUGUGUGCAAGGAGGCUUGGCAGUUGGUUCCUUCAAAAUUUUUCUUGACUUGUGGAGUAAUCAACAAACUGCCUGUCAGUGCUUUUGUUAUGAUCUUUUGCUUUUUGUUUCGCAAGUGGGCUUUGCUUUAAAGAGGCUACAUCUUUGAGUGUAGGAAGACUACACACUGCAAAGUCAGUGCGCGGUGACCAUCUAAGAUAGAGUUGCAGUGUCAACAAAUUCAGCAGACUGGAAUUUUAAAAAAAGAUAAUUCGCGCUAGAUUACCUCAGAGUGACUCUAUGAAGAUCCUUAGAUUGAGUAAUGAGAUACAUGGACAAAUAUCCCAAGCCAGAUGUCUCUCAUCGUUGUAUGGCAAUGAUGUCAGGAUUCAGUUAACUAAUCAAGAAUUCAAUCAAGUUAUUUUGAAUAUCAACUUUAAAACUUGUUUACUUUCUUUCUUCUGUCACUUUUAGCACGCGAGAUACACAUCCUAAGAGAUUUUGAGGAAUCACUUUGUUUCGUAGUUCCAAAUAGUUGGACAUACACCAUCAUGUAGAAUGAGUAAUUAUUAGUGGAAUGGUUGGACUGUGAACCAUUUUCCUUAAGAUUGCACAUUUCCUUUAUGCACUUUGAUGCAUUUAUGAAGUGGAAAAUGUGUACGGAAUUGUAAAACACAACAGGGUUGUCACACAGAACAAAUGUCAGUAUAUUUCAUGAAACUAAACAAAAACAUAUUUUGUUGUUUCAAAUGUAAGUGUAAAUUAUGUGAAUUAUUGCAAAGCCACAGAAGAUUUUUCUUUUGAAUGGUAUUGUUUUGCAAUUAUUGCAAAACAUUGCAAAAUUAUUGCAUACAUUGUAAAUCUUUUGGAAGUGUGAUAUUUUGUGAGUAUGAUUAUGCAAAUAUGCUGUCUGGAAAAUAAAAGCUUAUUGAUAUAACGGUCAAUUUGAUUGGUUGCCUUCAAGGUGGAAUCUUCCAUUCCACAGAAAGGGAGAGUCCACCUUUAGCAGUAGUGCGUAGUUGUCAUGUUCAUUGUAGAUAUUAAUAAACGCCAGUUGUGAAUAACAGGUGCCGAUUAUGUAGCUGAAGUAUAGAAUUAAUUGCCGUUUCACGUUGUGAAUAAUGUAAUCUUUAUUUUCAUAGCAACUGAGGGAACUGCUGAAAAAGCCCAAAUGUAUGUCUCGAUGAUAGUUACACUAUGGUCCCAGAGGAGAGGGAGAGAGCUUACCCAAAAUUUGGGACAGACUUUAGAUUUAAAACAGAAAUCAGGCCUGUUUUCAAAUGACAAACUAAGGUAUGCCCGACAGAGCCAUUGAAAAGCGAUACUUGUUUUUUUUUUUUUAUUGGCUAGUUAAGUCUCGUGUAGAGAUUGAUGUAAAGUGAAUACUAUGCCUUACUGUACAGUCAGUUGGAUUAUGUAAUAAAUGAAUACCUCGGAGUGCUAAAAAACAGCGAAGA